AUCGAAUCGCGAUGCGCUCGUUGUUCGCCUCGUGAAUCAGCGACGCCGACGCCCGCGGCAUGUGCCGGCCGCCCGCGACCGUCGACGGCGGCGCCGCGCCGCCGCCGCUCGGCAAGGAGUUCCUCGCCGAGGCGCCGCGGGCCGUCUGCGCCGUCGUCUGCGGCCUCUACCUCGCGCUGUCCUGCCGCGGCGCGACGCACCUGCGGCGCAUCAUCGCCGACGGCCACGCGGACCCGGACGCGCUCUUCCGCGACUUCGGCGCGCUGCUCGCGCUCUACGGCGCGGAGACGGCGCUCGCGGCGGCCGGCGGCGCGACGACGAUGUACCACUGGACGCGCCGCAACUUCCUCGAGCACCACCUGCCCCUCGCCCUCGUCGGCGGCUGCAUGCUCGCCUGCUGCGGAGCGACGCAGGGCCGCGCCCUCGUCCAGCACGAGGAGUGGUGCAGCCUCAUCCUGCUCAUCUCGUUCAACGAGGCGUCCGCGGCGUUCCUCAUCCUGCGGCCCGACCCGACGCUCCAGGCCUUCCGCAUCGGGCCGAAUUUGUUGAUCCAGGUCUCGCUGCUCGCCACGGAGCUCGGCUCCUACGCCCGCGCCAUGCGCGCGCAGCGCGCGCUCCGCGACCCCGCGAUGGCGCUGCCGGGAAUCCUGUCCCAGUUCCUGCUCGCGGCGGCCGUCGUCCACGUGUCCUACAUCGGCCAGAUCGUCGCCUCGGUCCGCAAGCGGCCCCCGGCGGAGAUCGACGUCGCGGCCAAGGGCCUCGCGGUGGCCCUCGCGCUCGCGCUCACGAUCUUCUCCGCGCCGCCGCCCGAGGCCGAGGACGUGUCGCCGCCGCCCGCGCGCGACGCCGACGCCGACGCCCCGGCGGCCCCGACGCCGACGGAGCCGUCGCCCCCGCCGAGCGAGGCGCCGGCCGUGGAGAUGCGGUUCGGCUCCGUCGAGGCGGCGCCCGGCGGCGCGCCCGGCGAGGUGUCCCCCGGCGCGUCGCCCCCCGCGCCGGACCGGAGCAAGCCCCUGCACUUCACGCCGGACCAGCGCAAGCUCCUGGAGGCGCGGAAGCGCGCGCACGAGGCCGACCCCGGCGACGCGGCCGCGCUCGCGAUCCACGGGCCGGCGCACGGCGCGCUCGCGCGGCAGUUCGCCCGGGAGCACCACGCGUCCCGGCACGGGGCCGAGGCGGGCCGCGCGCGCGCCGAGGGCGACGCGCCGGACGGCGCCGGCGAGCCGGCGCCGCCGCCGGCGCCGCUCGUGCAGCACUACUACACGAAGAUCACGAACUGGAUCAAGCGCAAGGCGUCGGCGGAGAACGUGUCCCGCGCCCGCGCCGCCGAGGCCGCGCGCGAGGCCGCGGCCCUCGCGCGGCCGGGUCCGUCCGGCGACGCGCGCGUCGACGUCACGUUCCCCGGGCCCGCGCUCGGCAUCUCCGUCGAGGCCGACGCGGCGGGCGACGUCGUCGUCGCCGAGGUCUUCGCGAGCUCCGUCGCCCACGGCCGCGUCAAGCCCGGCGACCGCCUCGCGCUCGUCGACGGCGAAAACGUCGCGCGGACGCGCGACGAAGCCGUCUGGGACGCGUGGGUCGCGGGGCUCCGGUCGCGGCCGCGGCCGUUGGCGCUCACCUUCGAGCGCCGCGACGACGCGCGGAUCGCGGCGAGGCGCCCCAUCAAGAAGCGCGGCCGGUCCGAGGAGGAGGAGCCCGAGGAGACGGAGUUGAGGCUCGCGCUCGCGGCGUCGAAGCGCGCCGCGGUCGCUUCCCCGCCGGGCCCCGCCAAGGCCGAGUCGACGCAGAAGAAGUACUGGCGCGCGCGCAUCGACGACGACCUCGCGCCCCGCGACGCGGCGCUCCAGUUCGUCUGGCCGAACCCGAAGUCGCACCUCACGUCCAAGUCGGGCAAGAAGACGGCGCUCGCCUACGAGGCCUACUGCACGGCCAAGUCCGUGUCCGAGUUCUUCGCCAAGGGCGGCCGCGCCGACGAGCUCGCCUACGACUUUGCGCGGGGCUUCGUGGCCAUCGCCGACGACGGCGCGGAGCUCAGGGCCGAGGCCGCGCGCGACGCGGACCCGCCGCGCGCGCGGAACCCGCAGGCCGAGGCCGACGGCACGAUCGACGACGUGCCCCUCGAGCCGGCGCUGUUGGGCCUGCCGCCGCCGCGGCCGCCGCCGCCGACGAAGCGCGGCGCCGAGUACCCGGAGCACAAGAACCGCGCGCACGCGACGGCCGAGCUCGCGAACUACCUCGUCAUGAAGGGCGGCACGCGGGAGCAGGUCCUCGACUGGAACGUCGCCAAGAACCAGCGCGGCGACACCAUCUUCAUCGACCCCGUCUCGGGCCGCAUCUUCCGCUCCAAGCCCGAGGUCGCGCGCUUCCUCGGCCUCGCGAAGUAGCCGACCAUCUCUAAGAAAAAGGCGCUU